AUGGCCUCCAGCACGCCCAAGCCCUGGGCCUCUGCAUCCCUGAUGAGCCAGAGGCUGAAGGUGGAGGAGAAGACACUGGAGCUGGAGUUCGAGGUCUUGCGUGUGGGGUUUAACGAGGGGGGCAGAUAUGUCCUGCGGCUGUCAGCUGAGAACCCCCUGCAGGCAGGCUCUGGGGCUGGGGUGCAGCUGCGCCUGAAUGACGGGGACCCCCUCCCUGCCUGCUCUGCUGUCACUGGUGUCAUCCAGCAGCAGGAUCCGGGCCAGAGCCUCGCCCUCACCGGGAACAAGUUUAUCUUUACUUUGCCCAAAGGGUUCUGCAAGAACGACGGGCAGCAUGACGCUCAGCUGCGGGUGGAGGCGUUGAGGCUGGAUGGAGCCUCGGCUCGGACGGCCCGGCGGGUGGGCGAGGCCAUCUUCCCCAUCUUCCCACGGCCAGACCAGCCCCGCAUGAACCUCGAGGCACGAGAGCACGAGGACCUGUACUGCUACUGCGGCAACCUGGCUCUGCUCCGGGCUGGCACAGACCCCACAGCCCGCCACUGCGGGGGCCUGGCCUACCGCGUGGCUUUCCACGUGCACCGGGCCCCUCGGCCUCCCGCCUCCGACUGCACUCCCGGGGUUGGCCAACCAGAACCGAUGUCAUCGUUCCCAGAGCCUCAGCUCCCCAGGCUGCAGCCAGCCGAGGCCCAGCCCGAUGAGCAAGCGGCUGAUGGACUCACGGGCGGGGACAUGUGGUGGCCUUCUCGUCUCCAGAAAUGA